AGUUUCAAUAAGCAUUGGCACAACCCAUACUCCCAAAAAGCUUCCUUUAGCUUCGGAUUGACACUGGACGCCCUGUCUUCACCCGACAUUCAGCAGGACAAAUCAAAUGUUUUCCACCUUUAGGAUGUGUGAAAUGCAACGCGCAACAAAUUAAGAUGAAGAAAUGGUGCCUUAUUGUCCGCUUGGCCGAUGUCGCUUCUGCCUACAGGCUAAUUCCUUAGCCAGGGAACAACAGUAUGGCAGCAAUAGAUACAAGCUCAGAUGUAGAAAAUUUGUUGGCUUCCAUCCAUCUCGAGAAGUACCUGGACAGCUUCCGACAGGCUGGAUUUCUCUUCGCCUCGGACUUCUGUCACCUAGACAACGAAGCUCUGGUCGCUCUGGGCGUAACCGCUACUGGUCACAGGAAACGGAUCCUAAGAUUGGUCGGCCACAUUGAGCGGGCCUGCCAGUCUCAUAGAAGGGGACCUCCACUGGACCGCUGUCAGUCAGAGACCACAAUUCAUGCCACGGAGGCCGGAACGGCGUCCCUUCACGCAGACGCCACCUCGUCCUUUGAAGCGUUCCGCAACAGUUCGGUCCCGAACCUGUCCUCACUUGUGACGCACAGCAGUGCCGCAGGACUAAGCAACCCUGUUGUCAAACCAGUGCCAAAGCCUCGGACGGUUUUCAACAGACACAAAAAGGCCACCUCUUCAUCGUCGCUUCAGGAACCUCCAGUGACGAGGAAACCCUCUCAGGAAUCCCUCUGCUUCGUAGUUCUGGAAGGGGAAUCCACAGUGGACUCUGUGAAUGCUCCCUUUGACCCCAAACCAAACCCCUACGAAAGGCAUCCUAGCAUCGCCACCUCGACCCCAGAGCCCAGCGGCUUCCUGCCUCCUGUGCCGCCGAGGCUCCGUCGAGGGUUCCCCCCAUUCACCCUCCGGGGGUCCUCCUUGCCCGAGAUGGCUGAAGCCGAGCACCACCUGACCACCCCCUCCUUGUCCUCCUCCCCUGACUCUCUCCAUAGCUUUGAAGGGUCCUCCUUCUCUGGGACGCCCACCUCCCCACACAGCUCCAGGAACUCAGGUGUGGAGAUGGUCUCCAAUGAAAUCUACUGUGGCACUUUAGCAGGCUCCCCAGUGCCCCGCUGGGGCCUGUCUGUUCCCAAACCACCCCCGCGCCAGGAGCGCAACGUACCUUCUGAAAACGACGGCACUUUCAACAGCAGUUCCCCUGAACAGCCUAAUCAAUUGAUGGCACCUACUGAUGAAGAAGAUGACAUGAUCAGCCCAUACUGUGAAACAGUUUUCCAAAGCAGACGGCAAUAUCCACAUGAAGAGGGGGAGAGGACCAGAAGCAAUGAAAGCCUUGGACCCAAGAAAGGAGACGAACGAGGGAUCAUGGCCCAUUCGUGGCUGAGGCGCCUCUCCAACUCCCUCCACCAUGACACCCCCGGCUACUGCACUGUCGGGGAGCCGGCCUCACGCUCCUUCUCUCUGCCGCCGCACGGCAUGCACCUCAGUGAGCUCGAGGAGGACCAGACCAUCUCCCCUUACGCCAGCUACACCUCGCUGUCCGAGCGGGCGGUGCCCAUCAUCUACGGCUGGCUGGAUAAGCUGUCCCCCCAAGGGUAUGGUCCGCUGGGGCUGCUGCUCACCUACUGUCUCUGCCCGUCUGUCCCUCUGAGGAAGUGUCUGUGCCUACUGUCUGUCUUCUCCGAGCGAAACUAUGUGUUCCAGAAGCGUUAUGUGAAAUUUGAUGGCACAAACCUAAUGUACUUUGGCAGUGAAAAGGACCCUUACCCAAAAGGUGUUAUUCCUCUGGCAGCCAUACAAAUGGUUCGCACGGCCAAAGACAACAAAUUUGAGGUGGUGACCAGCCACAGGACAUUUGUCUUCCGUGCAGACAAUGAAGUGCACAGGAGCAAGUGGUGCAGCACCCUUCAGGAGCGGGUGAAGGAGCAGCUGGUUUUUGGCCGCCCACGCUUUGGCACAGGCAGCCACUGCCAGAAGAGCGGCUCGCUGGAAUUUAAAGGGACCAAGUCCAAGGUCUAUGUGGCCGUCAACACCGAGCAAGUCUGGAUUUACAAGAGCGAGCAGUGCUUCAAGAAUGGCAUUGGAAUCUCAGUGAUAGAGUCCAGGGGAGCCACUAUCAGAGAUGGCAAGGGCAGGAGCUUUGAUCUCAUCACUCCCUACAAAAUAUUCAGCUUCACAGCAGAGUCGGACCGUGAGAAGCGGGAGUGGAUGGAGGCCAUGCAGGAGUCCAUCGCCGAGACCCUCUCCGAUUACGAGGUAGCCGAGAAGAUCUGGUCCAACAGGUCCAACAAGGCCUGCGCCGACUGCAAGGCCAUCAAUCCUGACUGGGCCUCCAUCAAUCUCUGUGUGGUUAUCUGCAAGAACUGUGCAGGCCAGCACAGAGGGUUGGGAACAAUGGUGUCAAAAGUCCAGAGCUUGAAACUCGACACCAGCGUUUGGAGCAAUGAGAUCGUUCAGCUCUUCAUCAUGCUGGGGAAUGACCGGGCGAAUGAGUUCUGGGCGGCCCGGCUGACCGCCGUCGACGAGUUGGACUGUGACGCCAUGCCGGAGCAGCGGCGGGAGUUUAUCAUCCAAAAGUACCGCGAGGGACGCUUCCGCUGCCCGCACCCCAGCUUCGGCACCCAGGAGGAGUUGCUCAAGGCUCUCUGCACCGCCGUGACGGAGCAGAACCUGCUGAAGACCGUCACCCAGAUUUUUGCGGAGGCCGAAGCGGCGCGUCUGCUGGAUGCUAACGGCCAUGACAAGCAUCUGUCCCUCCACUACGUGCACUCACAGGUCAUCUCCGACUCCAGUGUGUACGAUGAGAUCAUGCAGCAAGUCUUGUACUCUGGGUACCUCUACAAGGGAGGCUCCUCGAACAAAGGCACAUUAUCCCGCAGAACCAGAGAAGAUUUCCAGAAGUUCUGGUGCUCCGUGGAGAAGUCCAUUCUCUUGUACGAGUCGGACCGGAGUCACGAGCCCAGCAUGAAGAUUGACGUCAAAGAUAUAAUCUGUCUGGGAGUCAGCAGACCAGACUCGUGUAACAACAACAAUGGAUUUAUUGACCGGUUUCGUUUCACGUUUGAGCUGUACCUUUCGUCUGACAAGCUCCUCCAGUUUGGCUUGGAGACAGCUGAUGCUCUGCACUGUUGGGUGAACGCCAUUGGGAAGGCCACGACUCCUCUGAGCUGCCACUGCCUGCUGGCGCGGGAGUUUGAGCGCGUGGGUAGGCUGAGGUACAAGAACAUGCUGGACCCCCAGCAGUGGAAAGAGGGCUUCUUCGUCCUGCAGAAGUCCAACCUGUUCAUAUGCCCCCGGACCGACGGCGCCGCCGAGGACAUCAUCAACCUCAAACGGCUUCAGGAGCUCAGCACUGCGUCUGAGACUGACAAUCAUGAGAAAAAGGACAUUCUGGUGCUGGUUGAAAAAGGAAGGACACUUCAUCUGCACGGCAUGGGCCGCACAGACUUCCCCCUGUGGUUCGCCGACAUCCAGAAGGCUGCCGGAGGGAAGGGCAAUCAGCUGAGGGACCAGCAGCUCAGCAGACAUGACAUCCCCAUCAUCGUGGACAGCUGCGUUGCCUUCAUCACGCAGUACGGCCUGGGGCAUGAGGGCAUCUACAGGAAGAACGGCGCCAAGUCCAGGAUUAAACUCCUGAUGGAGGAGUUCCGUAAGGAUGCCCGCAACGUGAAGCUGCGCAUCGGGGAUAACUUCAUCGAGGACGUGACGGACGUGCUCAAGAGGUUCUUCCGGGAAAUAGACGACCCAAUUUUCAUGGCAGACCUGCACCUGUUUUGGCAAGACGCUGCAAAGAUACCGCACAAGACGUACCGUCUGGACCGAUACAAAGAGCUGAUCCGAGGCCUGCCCCGGGUCAACAAGACCACACUCUCUGCACUCAUCAGUCACCUGUUCCGGGUACAGAAGUGUGCUGACCUGAACCAGAUGUGCACCAAAAACCUCUCGCUGCUCUUCGCCCCCAGUCUCUUCCAGACUGAUGGCAAAGGGGAGUACGAGGUGAAGAUCAUCGAGGACCUCAUCGACAACUACCUUUAUGUCUUCGAUGUGGAUGAGGAGCACCAGACACAGAUUGAGCUGGAGAUCAGUCUCAUCACCACCUGGAGUGACACACAGCUCUCUCAGGCAGGGGACCUGAUCAUCGAAGUGUAUCUGGAGCAUAAGAUACCUGACUGCUGCAUUACUCUCAAGGUGUCUCCCUCGAUGUGUGCUGAGGAGUUAACCAACCAGGUGCUGUACAUGAGGAACGUUCCAGCCGCAGAGAGAGACAUAUGGAUGACCUUUGAGGCGAUUGAGGAUGGAGAACUUGAACGGCCUCUUCAUCCUAAAGAGAAGGUUCUGGAACAGGCCCUCCAAUGGUGUAAAAUGGCGGAUCCCAGUUCGGCCUACUUAGUGGUGAAGAAGGCCCCUAAAGGAGAGGCUAUCGACAUCUUCACAGCGUACAAGAGUGAGAUCGUGAAAGCUGGAGUGUUGAAAUGCAGAGAGGAGCCCCCCAAACUGCUGCAGGGGAACAGAUUUCAGGAGCGGAUAUUUCAGAUCAGGGAUCAUAAACUGCUCCUGCUGAAGGACAAGAAGAGCAAUAAGCCAGAGAAGGAAUGGCUGUUGAAGACUUUGAAGAUCUAUAUUGGAAUCAGGAAGAAGCUGAAAGCACCUACCAAGUGGGGUUUCACAGUCAUGCUGGACAAGCAGCAGUUGUGCCUAAGCUGCUCAUGCCAGGCAGAGCUGUGGGACUGGAUAACCAACCUACUGAAAGCACAGGAUGACGACCUGCGGCCGCCCGUGCUGAGGAGACAUUCCUCGUCGGACAUCUCCAAGCAGAAGUUUGGCACCAUGCCGCUGGUGCCCAUCCUAGGGAAGGAGAGCCACACCAACACCAACUCCACCAUGCUCUCUGCCAAUAAGACUCUGCAAAAGCUCCACAAUAGGAGGACGCUGUCCAUGUACUUUCCAAUGAAGGUGCAGCAGGACUCCUUUGAGGAGCGGCCUGAGAGCCCCGAGCCUCUGUACGAGGAAGUGGGCGACUUCGGCCUGCAGGUGCUCAAGUCCCUGGAGACCAGCUUCCUGUCGGGCAGCCAUGCCAACCCGCAGGACGUGCCCGAGCGCCCACUCAGCCUGAGCCCCAGGCAGACCGCCUCCCUGGAACUGGGCCUGGGCCUGGGCGAGGGCUACGGCCCGGCGCGCCCGCUCAGCAGGGUGGAGGAGCUGGCACUGCCCCUCGCCCCCUCCCUGGAGGCGCUGGCGCCCGAGCUGGGCAGGGACCCCCGCGGGAGGUCGGUGGUCCCCGUGCCCCGGCGUCAGCCGCGCAGGCCAUGCAGCCCGUCCCAGGAGCUGCUGCUGCAGGAGCUCUCCAGCGUCUUCACCAAGAAGCCCGAGAUGGAGCCCCCGCAGCCGGCCGAGGACGAGCCCAUCUGAGCUGACGGUCAGUGUGGACGCACCGGCACAGACUCUGAGACCUCCAGGUGCACCGGGGAGCCUCCAGGCCAGCUAUCAGAUCCCAAAUACAGUGGCGCCCGCCUGUCGGCUCCAAUGUGGAAGAAGGUGUUUUUUUUUAUUACUUGAGCUUUUAUGCCAUGGGCCAAAUGCACUGGUCGCAGGAGCAGAUGAACCCUGAGGCCUGCACAUCCACAAAAACAUUUGUUGUAGAGUGUCAGUAUUUAUCUGUAUUUGAGGUUCUUUCUUGGGCUUCUUGUCGUAUGAGUAAGCCUAAGCAAGUUGUCCCCCGCAGUAAUAAGACUAUUGUAGCCCUCAUUCCUGUGAAGUUAAUUUGCUGUGUUUUUAAACAGAGCAAUGAUUUGGAGCUCUUUGAAGUAUGGACCGGGCUCCUAGGAAAAGGAAGAAUACGAGUAUUUAUUGUCCACAUUUUGCUAAGCUGUAUUUUGCUUGGUUUGCAGUUAAACCACUUUUUAUACUUUCCAGUAGAUUGUUUGUAUGACUGUGAGAUGAAUACAUUUUCAAUUUCAAAUUCUGUUCUAUGUGCAUACAGGAGCUGUCUUUCAUCAGCAUUAACAUUAAGGCACAAGCUUAUAUAUGGACUUAAUAUGGUGCUUGUGGAAUAUGCAGUCUGUUCUUCCUUAGCUCUCCAUCGUGUGAUCCACAUGCAGAAUUAACAUUGUCUAUGGGGCACAUAGAUUCCAAACCACUGUAGUAAAAUAACUUAUGUACUGGAAAAGCAUUAGAGAGAAUACAACAUUUCAUUUUAAGAUCUAGUCAGGACCAAAUAUAUGUAAUUUUAUUUAUUAAAUUAUUUGCAGAAUAUUUCGUUCGUGCUAAACCACCAAGCAGCUUUUCUCAAAAACACUGUGACACUGUGGAGCUUGGGGGAAUCAUUAGCAUUUUAUAAUGUCUGCAAUACCUCGUUUUUAACAGUAGGUGGCAGUGUAGAUAUGCUUCUUCAAUAGUAUGGAUUUUUACUGCUUGUAGUCCACUUUUAGUUUUUGACCAACUGUACAUCACUAGACAGACAGCCAUAAACAUUUGUGCAAAUGACCUCUCUCAUGAUGACUCAUCAACCUGUGACGUCUGCCACCAGUCCUUAAACAUCAGUCUCUUUAGUAUUCCUCAAUAAAACUGUUAGGUCAGCAUUUUAUGCAUGUCUACUGUACCUGUCAUUCCUGGCACGUUGCCGUACUAAUCCAAUAUCUAAAUGUUCUGUUGACUGGUUUUGUGGUUCAGCAAUUUUCCCUGAAUAUACUUUUGUCAGGAAAUGUGUGCGUUUUCUGUAUAUAUUGUAUAUUGUUGUUCCUGAAUUCAACUCUUUGGCAGUGAUAUGUUUAUUUUCAUCAUCUUGUGCCAUACCAUUUAAAAUACAUAAAUACUUUUCUAAGGUU